UACACUUUUUUAUCUUGAACAUUAAUUAUGAAGACUGUCAAAGCCUAGAAAAAAUAUUUUUUAAGUUGUAGAAACGGGACAAAAGUGGAAAGUGGUUUGCAUAAAGGAUGCAACGAUGGAAAGCCAGGUGGAGGAUGGAGCAGGGUCUGAGAAGCAUCACGAAGAGAUGGAACGGUUGGGGUGACUUCCUUCCACUGGAAACCCGAUUCACAGGAGGAGUGGGGAGCAGCUGCCUCAGGGGCCCCUUUCAGCACUGGCGGCUCCAUGCUCCGUGGACCGGUGGCGCCUGACUUUGCAGUCCUCCCAAAGGCCAGCGUGAAGAAGGCAGGCUAAUGUGUUUUAAAGCCACUUGGUCCAAAUGAAAUUAUAUAACCCAGCAAGGGAAAAAUUACGCCACUGAUGAGAGUUUUUUAAAAAAAGAAGAGAAAAAAGACAACGAUUGUCUCCUGCGAGGGAGGCGGGCGAGGUGAGGGAUGAGGGGGCAUCCGGGAGGCGGGCUGCUUGCUCCUCCAUCUAUAAAAGGAGGUGAGCUGGCUCCCUCCUGGGUCACCGCUGCGGCCACUGCACAGCGUGCUCGCCACCCUAGUGGGGAAUCGCGGUGAGUAGCCCUCGAGGCAGGCGCUGCAGGGCGCGGGAGUCUGUUCCUCUGCCCUCCUUCUCUGUAAAUCUUCUCUCUCUCUUGGCGUGGGGCGUGGGGCAUGCGGCGGGCUUCUCCUAAGGUCGUGCCUGCUCUCCAGCAGCCAGGGCCAGCUCUGGGCAGGACAGGUGGGGGCAGCCACCCCAGGGUUUGUGCCCGGCCAGCCCAGGGCCCCGCUGCUCAAGCACGUCCAUGGCGAAGGCUACUCUGCAACUCCACUGGGAAUGCAGACCAGGGAUCCCACCGGGCAGACAGCAAAAACCUCCAACUCGUGGGGCAGCAGGUCCUUGGGGAUCAGGAGCCAGGCGCCACUAACGUUCUCCUAAGACGAACUCCGCCCAGCGAGGGGUCUCUGCCCGUUUGGAUGCAUCUCUUCAUUACUCUGCUUUCGUGGUGGCACCUCCAUUUCCUCCAAGUCGGGGUCCCCCACCUCACCCGUUGUGUGACACCCCAACAGGUCCCCAGAAAGGAGAGGGGUAGGCAUUUUAAACUCCUCAGAUGGAGAGCACUUUCCCUGGGGCUCAGAGACAGGCUGGAAAGUCAAGGUAGGCAGAGUGGUCCUACCUGAAACCCUGAAACCCAGAGAAGGCUCCUGAAGUGCCACAGGUCAGGGCACCUGCGGGGGCAGCCAGCCCCAUGAGGUGGGGGCGCCUGCGGGAGGUGUUGCCGGCUCUGCCAGAUGGAUGCUGUUUGGGCACAUUAGCACCUCACUCUGGCCAGGUGAAAGGUGGAUGUCCUGGGUGCCUCUGUUGCCCACAGCCCCCUCUCCCCACACCAUCUGUAGUGGGGUUGUCCUGCUGUGUGAGAGCAGGUCCCACAUGUUCCAGGUUUAUCUUGAAGACCCGGCAGAUCAGAUCUGGGGGUCAUAGGGAGAGCAAGUGCUCUUGGUAAGGAUGGAGAAUGCUGACCCGUCUACAAUGCCUGGCUGUCAGCUGAUGUCCUCCAGUGCGGGCAGGGGGGCAGGAUGAAACUGGAAAUCAGGAGGCCCUGGGCAGAGUGAGGGAAAGAACCCUGCACCAGGGUCCCAGCCCAUGGGGGUUUCGGCACCCCCAGCCCCCCGGCAAGUCACCCCCUUCGCCUCUGCAGCAACCCUGGGUUCCUCAGGGCCAGCUCCCCUCAAACCUGCUCAUCUCUGCCCUCCCUGUCUGGGUGUUCAGCACACACAGCAGUAUAGAGGCCUCCCACACCUCCUGGUUCCCUAACAUAGACAGCCAGGCAGCCCGAGGCCGUUCCAAGACAGCCCACCUCUCUACAUCCAUAGCUCAUACGCCUCCCAGGUCCCUUCUGAUGUCUGAGCCCAUCAGAGGCUGAGCUGCACACGGUCGCCUCAUUUAAUUCUCGCCACAUGGAGGAGAGCACGGGGUCCCAGGGAGGCCGGGGGAUCCUGCAAAAACCUAGCUUUUUACUUCCUUGCUCAUUUCCACCCCAACACAGAGCACAGGAAUGCACACUGGAGUGUGGCUGCAUGCACACACACACACACAUGCACACAAACACACAAUGCACAUGCACAAGCAUGUAACCACACGCACACACACCCACAUACACAAGUGCACACACACGUACCCACACAUCUCGUACACUCACACACUGUCAUACAUACACACACGCUCUCUCAUGCACACAGGUGCACAUACACUCCCACACAGUGUUCGCAUUCUCCGAGGCUCCCAGCUUUGUGAGUACACACCCUCACGUGGGCUUCACGUUGCUCCUGCCCCUCUGCCCCAGGCCGCGCCCUCCGUGUGGAACCCCACCUCCAGCGGGGCAUACGCAAGGAGCCAGGGGGAUGAAGGCAACGCGAGCCUGGCUCCUGUGCCUGCUGCUGCUGGGCCUGGCCCUGCAGGGGGCUGCGAGCCGAGCCCACCAGCACUCCAUGGAGAUCCGCACCCCUGACAUCGAUCCUGCCUGGUACAUGGGCCGCAGAAUCCGACCAGUGGGCCGCUUCGGCAGGAGGGGAGCAGCCCUGGGGCUGCAGCCGAGCCUCAGGCACCGGCAGGUCUGCCUCCUCUUGGAAGGAGGCGCUGAGUCCUCCCAGGAUGAGUGACAGCCCAGCUCAUGGAAGAAAACU